AAUGCUGAGCUCACCAUGUGUAGUGGAUAAUUCUUAUAAAAAAAACAUGCCUAGUGGAUAGUGCAGGGCAUCAGUCAGUCUGCAGUUUUUCUUAUCGGCAUCUCUCUCCCUUCCCUAGCUUAACUACUUCCUCACCAAACACACUCUCGCUCUCCACGCCCACAUCUUUCUCUCUCCAACUUCAAACUCUCUCUCUCUCCCCUUCCCUCCCAGGGUCGGAGGAGCAACUGCAACACCUCGUUGCUCGCACCAGCAGAAACCAUCACUACCAACAGCUCCGAAUUGCAUUGCAUGCUUGAGAAGCUCCCAUCAUCAUCAUCAUCAUCAUCAUCAUGGGGAGGACGAAGCAGUCGUCGUCGUUCUGGUACUCGCGGAGCCGCUCCUCCUCCGCCCCAACCACGCCAAGAGAAGCGGACCCUCCGGUUGGAUGCAUGUCCAUGGUGCACUACCUCAUCUUCGCCCCCGGCGCCGGAUGCGUCGGCCACCCGCCCACCUCCUCCCACUCCCACGCCGUCGUCGCCCCCCACCACGACGCCAACACGGGUAACAUGAGCAGAGGCGGCCUCGAGGCGCCCAGGAACAGCCUCGACCUCGACGCCGACAACCUCAAGGACAUCCAGAUCGGGGUGCAAAUUGAGCCGGUGUUCGACGCCCUGGCAACCAGCAAAAUGCGGCCCAAGGCUACCGCGCCGUCAUCGGAGGCCGAGACGCCCAGGACUCCCAGCCUCCUGGCGCGCCUCAUGGGCAUCGACGGCCUGCCUGACAACCAGUCGCCGUCGCCGGCGCUCAAGAAGCCCAGACCCACCGCUGGCUCCUCACAGAGGCCAGCCAAGAAGGACAAGGACAAGGGGAACUGCUCGGCGCCGUCGGCAGGCAAGGAGAAGAAGAAGCACGUCAUCCCUGAGUCCAUGAACCGGGAGCCGCUGCGGAGCCUCAGCUGCAACGUCCCCGCGGGCGAGGCGCGGUCCCUGCCCGACACGCCGCGGGCGUCGACGUCGGCGAGGGCGUCGUGGGACGGCCCAAGGCUGUCGCUGCAGGCGCUCAAGGAGAACAUCCUCGACCGGGCCGCGCAAUAUAUGUCGCUGCCCACCUCGCCCACAUCCUCGUCCGCCGGCAAGAAGAAGAAGGACGCCCACGGCCGGCGGGAGGAGAGGGAGAGGAUUGCGAAGGAGCACGCGCGCGAGAUCGUGAGGCAGUCCAAGGAGACGAUCGCCAGUCGCAAGUCCAAGAAAAACGCAGCCAAAUCGUCGCCGGCGGCGGCGAACAAGGAGAAUGUCAGUCCAACUCCAGCCAUGGAAGACAAGUUGGUCGCCAUCGUUCAAGCAGGCAAGCGGACCGUGGCGUCGCCGGCAAGAGCGCGAAGCACUGAGCAGCCGCCGACACACAGCCCCAGGGUUCCACUGGCACCGAAGCAGCCGCCCCUGCCCCCGCCGCCGCAGCGGGCGAAGCCGUCGCGGCCACCGCCUCCGCCUCCGCCGCUGGACCCACCGAGAGCCAGGAAACCAGACGGGUGCGAGCGCUUCGCGACGCGGAUCAAGAAUCCCGCGGCGUCUCCCGCGGCACCGUCAGCCUCGCCGUCCGCGCCGACGAGGUCAACGGACUUCUCUGUCGCGGGCCGCGGAAUAGCAUCCUCGCCGUCGACGGUGCCGCUGAAGGAGGAUCCCGAGUACAGCUACCUUCGCACGGUGCUGGAACGCGGCGGGUUCAUGCGCGCGCCGCCGGGCCGGCCGUUCAAGGGGCAUUCCGUGUCGGCGCCGGUGGACCCGAUCGUGUUCCACCUCCUGGAGCUGGAGCUGCCGGUCGACGAGGCGCGCCUCGGUACCCUCCGGCACCGGUGGAACCGGAAGCUCCUGUUCCAUUUAACGCAGGAGAUCCUCGCGGACAUUCUACUCGGCCUCGACGCUUGGUCCUCAGGGACAGCACCUCCGAGCGGCGCGCCGCUUCUGGGGAAGGUGUGGAACAAAGUCCGGAGCUUCCCUGCGGCGGACUGCCGUGUGGUCGGCGACAUCGACGCGCUGGUGGCGUCGGACCUGGAGGCGGCAAGCGUGCGGCUUCUGGGGAGGCACCCGGCGGUGGAGGAAUCGGGCGACGUGGCGGAUGAGCUUGCGGAGCGCGUCCUGCAGGAGCUCCUCGGGGAGUGCGUGGCGGAAUCUGUUUCUCUCUCCUCGCGCUGCUGCUGGUGGUGGUCGUCACGUGCGGGUCGCUGGGAGUGACGUACCGCCACCGGAUGGAUCUCAAUGGAAACAGCGGGGGCGCUCACAACCCUUCCCAGUGCGGAGACACCAUAUUAAUGAUGCUAUUUAAUAGGUGUUAUUAAUGUCUUAUUAUUGACUAAUCUAAUAAAUAUGUCUCACUAAUGUGUCUUUUAAUUGAUUAUCAGUGACCGAUUAUUUUAGCUAAUAGUGAUGAAUUAAGUUAUGAUCUGUCAUAUCUAAUGAUGGGUGGUCGU